CACUACAUAAAGUUUCCAUUAUCAAGGACGCUUCAACUCAAAAUGGCUGACCGCAUAAUGCCACAACACAAUAAUAAUUAACGAGGCAACGCGAUUCUAUUACGUUACUUUUUGUUGUUGUUUUUUUAGAUUUAAUAUUACACAUAGAAAAACAGCACCAUGUUGUCAUGACAUAGAAAAACAAAAAAAAUGGUGGGUUAGAAGUAAAUUGUUCUGCUGUGACCAACAAGGGAACAUUUGGUUUGCCAGGUCUUGUAAGCAGCCUAAAUCCUUACAGCUAACAGUUGGUACUACCUGCUUGAUCCACAGUUCUGGUUGAAUGUAAGUAUGGAAAUGAACAAUGGUUCCAACAUUUCAUUACACCUUGAAAGAUUGUUUAUGGACAUAUUUAAAGUCAAGGAAGAUGAUCCAUUCCACACGGACACAAUCUUGGAUACGCAGAGAGAUUUUCUGUACUUGUGUUUCAUAUUUCUGGUUGGUGCUGUUGUUCGACAUGCAACGGACGUUCUAGUGAUACCAUUGCCAUACACUGUCGUUGUCUUUUUUGUCGGAGUUAUUGCAGGCUAUUUACCUCUAGGGCAAGUGGUCGAAAUAGGGCCCCAUACCAUCAUUUAUGUCUUUAUGCCCAUUCUUAUAUUUGAGGGCUCCUUUGCCAUUGACACUUACAUUUUUAAGCAAAUCUUCAUUCAAGUCUUGAUUCUUGCUGUCCCUGCACUAGUUGUCAUGACUGUCUUGUUGGCGACUACAUCCCUGUAUCUGUUCAAAUAUGACCACUGGGGCUGGUUGGUAGCACUCUUAUUUGGAUCUAUCCUCUCAGCUACGGAUCCUGUGGCUGUCGUUGCCAUCAUGAAGGAAUUAGGGACAAACAAGAGAUUAGCCCUUUUGAUAGAAGGUGAGUCCAUGCUCAAUGAUGGCACAGCCAUGGUGUGUUAUGAAUUGAUUCAGCAUAUUUUGGAGGAUCCUUCAACAACAGUUGAUAGUAUGAUUUAUCAAAUGUUGUGGGUGACCGUAGGGGGAGCCUUGUUUGGAUACAUCAUGGCUAAGCUGGCUAUAUUCUGGUUGCAGUGGACAUUCAACGACAGUUUAACUGAAAUAGCUAUUACAUUAUCUAUGGCAUAUUUGGUCUUUUAUAUUUCUGAUGCUUAUCUCAAAAUAUCGGCAGUGUUGGGUGUUGUGACCCUGGGGGCUACCUUAGGUGAACAUCGAACCUCUAUCAGUCCUGAGGUGGAGGUGUUUUUACACAGUUUCUGGGAGACGUUGUCCUUCAUGGCCAAUACAUUAAUCUUUGCUCUGUGUGGUUUCAUCAUUACCAAGAAAGUCAUCAUCUUUGCUGAGUUACAGGACUGCAUCUAUGUCAUCAUUCUUUACUUCGCUGUUAAUGUCAUCAGAGGUUUGACCUUCAUGAUGUUCAGUCCUAUUCUAAAACGACUUGGUUAUGGUUUAACAUGGCAAGAUGGGCUGGUCUGCACCUGGAGUGGCCUGCGAGGAGCCAUUGGUUUGGCACUGGCCUUGAUCUUAUUCAAAUCAGAAGAUCCAAUCUUAAGUCAGCCCAGCGUUGGAGGAAAGAUCUUGUUCCAUGUGUCCCUCAUUGUGGUAGCCACAUUAUUGAUCAAUGCUACAACAGUCUCACACUUGCUCACAUUCUUAGGCCUGACUGAUGUUACUCCAGCUAGAAGAAAUGCCAUGAAAAAAGCCAUUGGAAUUUUAGACGAAUGCAGACGCAAAACAAUGAAUGUUUGGAAAAUUGACAGGUUUCUAGCUGAUGCAGACUGGGAAAUUGUGAACACAGUGUGUACAAUCGAGGACCCGUUCACAAGUAGUGAGACAACUGAAGAGAAGGAACUGCGUGAACGACAAGGUGGUAUCUGCCCUAAAUGUGGCACGGUGAUCCCAUAUGUACCAACAGCUUCAGAAGUACACAAGUGGCUGGCGGAGGCCACCAGAAAAUACCUAAAAUUACUCAAGCAAAACUUUUGGCUCCAAUUUGAAAGAGGAUUACUGGCAGGCUUCAGUGUAAGGAAGCUGAUUGAGCUAGCAGAAGAAGCUUCAGACAGAGACUGUGAGAUGAUUAAAGUUGGAGGUAUCAAGAACAUGUGGAAAAUUCCAAACUGUAUAGCUACUUCUAAAAAAAUCCUUAAAAGUCAAAAACUUAUGCACGCUGUAUAUAAAAUGAAGAAAAUCCAGGAAACUAGAUCCAUGACUGUCAACAUCAUCUACCAUUUGAGUCAGUGUCAGUUUUUAAUGGCUGGAAUAUUUGGGAUGGACACUGCCAUCAUCAUUGCCACUCAGGUGUUCCUGUUCUUAAAGUGGAGUAGCUCCAAUACUGAGAUAGGCUUGCAACACGCCAACAUUGUCAUGACAGUCUUCCUGACACUUUACUUUAUUCUAAGGCUAUGUUUAUUCAAGUUUGCCUAUGUCAAGACAGCUUGGUUUUAUUUUAACCUGGUGAGUCUGAUCCAAGCUUAUGUUGACAUCACUGUGGGAUGGUUUGCUUUCCAAGAGUUUGCCCAUAAUCUGCUCUUUGAUGACUCCAUAGAGAGAGAGCUGACCUCCAAGGUUUUAAUCAGCCUGCGUGUCAUACGAAUCUUCCAGUUACUUGAAUUGCUUGUAAGCAUAUUACUCAACCUGAUUAAGCAUUAUAUUCGAGAAAGAUUGACCACAGGAUGUGAUAUGGGACGAGGCUUUGUAAGAGCCAAUGAGCUGGCCAUCAGACUGGUUGACCACAUCAGUGAUGAUGUCAAUGUUCAGAACAUGAUCCGUGAAAGUGCAGAGAAAGCCAAAAUGAGUGUACUCAGGGAACUAGGGUUGUUACAAGGCCUUCACCCAGAUAUUGCUCUUGGUGUCAAGACAUGCCAGGCCAUCAGAUCUGUGCUGAAUGUCAUGAGGGAAGGUAUGCACCACUUAAUGGAGGAAGGAGGUAUCGAUGAACCAGAUGGGCUUCUCUUCGUUAAGAUCAUUGAGUCUAAAAUGAAACGGCUGAUGGCAGCACCCCCCAUCCUUGAGAUUCCCUCCACUAAGAAAAUUUUAGCCUCCAUCCCAUGGAUUGAUGGGGACUAUCAACUAGUGGACUACAUUUACCACCUGGCGCAGGAGAAAUUGUACAACUAUGGUGAAGUGAUUCUACGACAUGGUGAGCCUCCUGACGGUAUCUACUUCAUCAUGAGUGGACUGGUCAAGGUAGAAGCUCCCAUAAUGACAGACAACAGGAACCAAAUCAACACAAUGCAGACCCUGGACUUCCUGUCUACUGGCAAUGUCAUUGGUGAAAUCAGUGUCUUGACUCAGAAACGUAGGACAGCAACAUUGACCUGUGAGACUUCAGUCAAGACACUGUUUCUGAGUACCUCGGAUCUGAAAAUUGUCUGCGAUCGCUUCAGCUACAUUCAUCCACCACUGCUGUCACGGCUGUGGAAGGUGUGCGCCAUCAGGAUCUCCAUCAACAUUCUCAGCAAUGUGGCCAGUUAUCAUGGCAUGAGAAAAGAAACUUUACUCACUCGACUGGAGAAUGCUGAGCUAGAAAAUAUCAAUGAACAGACCAAUACAUUUGAGAUAUCUCCAAACAUGAUAGAUGUUCUGCUUAUUAUGGGAGAAGCCUAUGACUCGCAGACAAGAGAAAGAUACACAGGACCUUGCUACAUCCCUAAGACAGUGGUCAAACUUUUAUUUCCGUCUGGUCAAGUUCCAUGUCCCUUGAUGUUCUUUGCUUUGAAGCCUUCCAUCCUGUCUGGACCCCCAUCCAAGUCUGUUCCAAGAAAGUCCUUCGUACAGGAAGACAAGGAACAGAGAAACAGCGUGCACAAUGUGGACACUUCAACCAUUAACAGUGAAACUACAGACAACCAAGCCUACGAUGUUCUACAAAAUCUGGACUUCUAAAUGUCACUCAAGAAGUUGUUGGCUAGCAACACACUUGGCCAAAGCAAUUAUGCCAAACACAUUAAUCACAGUGAUUCUUACACCACCCUUUAUAUUCAUUUUUUUUUUCUACUCAUGCUAAGUUGACCGAUAUUUGACCCAGUUGUGUUACUUAAUGUGUCUUUCAGAUUUAUGUUGAAGAAAUAUUUGUAGUCACCAUUUUGUCUCAAUAUUUGAACCUUUUAAUUGUCUAAAUGUACAGGUUCACCUGUACAUGACAACAUUAAAUCAGAGAACAGUUAGUUGAGUUUUUUCUGCAAGAGCUGGUUUUAAAUAGUUUUUUUUUAUAGAGUUUCUCUCUAAACAUUGUGAAGAUUUUGACUAUUUGAUCACAUGUAUUGUCCCAGAAAACCGAGCUCAACUUUAGUUGUCUAAAAUUACAGUCAGUGAAUCAGUUUUUUUUUAAAAAAUAAGAACCAAAUGCAACCUUUUAGUUCCUACUCUGUAAAAUGAAAAAGAAAUUAUUUUGAAUUAAAAAAACUAGAAUAAUAUA